AUGGCGGACAGCGAAAGUGAUUUAGAAACAGACGGGCUUGAAUCGGCCCUGGACACGUUGUGCGACAGACACUGCAGCGACGAGUCGUCCCUGAAAAGCAGCAGCUACUGCUCUGAGUUUUGUGAGUUGGUUGAGGAGUACACAGGGCAAUGGCAAGUUCCUCUCCCUCAGCUGAAGGUGCUGCGGACUGCACUCUGCAGCUUCACCAAAGCCACUGCUGCCUUCCCUGAUGACUGUCAGCACAUUCAUUAUGUUCUCAGCAGUAUGGCCUUGAGCUUUUUUGAACUGAUGCUGUUUUUCAGCAAGGAAGAAUUUGUGGAAGAGCCUUUAAAAGACAUUCUGGAUUCCUUUCAGGAGUGCCACUCUCGGCUCCUGAGGCACAGGAACAUCUACCUUCAGCAUGUGAAGCUGAUCAUCAAAGCAGGAGGCCCAUGGGAGAAUCUAGUGCUGCAAGGAAUCCUGAAAGAGGCAGACUUGCCAUUAAAAGAAGUUGAGGACUACUUAAGCUCAGAGUUGCCAGUGUUCUUUGAGCUACGGAUUCGCUAUCUGCAAGCCUGUGAACGAAUGCAAGAGGCAAUGGCCCUGGCUAAAAGCUGCCUGGAAAACCGCGAGGCUGGAAAGCAUCUGUACUUCCAUCAGGCCUACCUGACCUGCCUCUACAAGGCCUCACUGCACGAACACCUUCACAAGGAGAUGGCAGAGAUAGACGGCCGUGAUGCAGUGGAGAUCAUCUGCAACACGGAGAGCGUUGAAAAAGACGAGCUUCUGUUGUCGCUGUGUAAAGCUUUCCUUACCCAGCAGCUACACAAUGGAGACAUGUACUACAUCUGGGACCUGGUGUUCAUCUGGAGCAAGUUGCAUCUAAGGGCCCAUCCCUCCAGACAUGGUUUCCUGGCCGAGUGCUUGCAGUUGGCUUCUUCUGCUACUAACAUCAGAGCCAUCUUCCCCUUCAUCAAACUGGUCACCACAGAGCUGGGGGUUGAAGGAGUCCAGGUCUGUGUGGAGCUGUGUGCCAGGGCCUUGCUGGGUGACAUGCAGGCUGACAGUGUAACCCGGUCCCUUGUCUGCAAGACCAUCGCCUUCCUGCUACCUCAUGACCUGGAGAUAUGUCGAGCGUGUGCCCUGCUGGUCUUCUGCCAGGAACGAACCCUGGAAGCUUACCGAACCGUCUGCCUGCUUUACAUGCAUCCUGACCAGGAGCCGCAUCCCCAAAACAGCCCUGUCCGGACCAACGUUCGCUUCCAUAUUCUGCAGAUGCUCAAGCAGCGCCUCUGUUUUGACCCAGAGUUUUGGAACCUUCUGACCCUCAGGACACACUGCUUGGAGUUGAUGAGCGACAAGGUCAUGAAGGCUGCUGUUCUCAGUGAGAUGAAGGAGGAAGAAGAGAAGGAAUACAGCGAAGAGCUGUUAAUAAAUACGUGUGUAAAUGACUCAUGCACUCGAGGUAUAAAUUCCUGCCAGUGCACUGUGGACGGAGAGACAGAAAAGUGUGUCGCCCCUUCAAAUAAUGUUCUUCUGAAGAGGAGAAAAUGGAAGAAAAGCCUUCGAAGGGGAAACCAAUCCAUGUCUGACGAUGAGGCCGACCUUUGUGAUGAUCCAGAGUUCAAAUACAAUAUCAAAUCCACGUCUUAUGGCAAUAAACCUGUGUAUUCACUAAGACGCAUUAACACUAAGAUCGAAAAUUCAGCUUCUGUAAAAGCCCCCCUGAACCGCAAGAGAGAAUACCUGUCUAGAUGCGUGAAGAGCCAAAUUUUGAAAAGGAAGGGUCGGAAGAAAAGAUGGUUGCAGGGUCUUCCGAGGCUGGAGCAGGUGCAGGCCGUUAAAGAGGAGAAGGUCGAGGUCAAAGACAAGAUGGUCAAGGGUAAAGGGAAAAAACGGGGACGGAAGCCUUUACAGAAACUGGAACUCUCCUUCCCUGAUAACGUAAUAUACCUCACUGAGGAGGAGUCUGGUUUUGAGGAGAUAACUGACACAGAAGACAGAGAGCUGGAUAUGCCUCAACUGGAGAAUGAACUUGAACAAAAGAGUGAACAGAAGGAGUGUCAAUUUGAGCAGAUGGAUGAUCUUGAGAGGGAAAAUGAACUUGAGAAACACCCUGACUUGGUCUCUGGUAGCAGUCUCGAUGAACAAACCCAAAGGGGAUCUCAACCAGAGUUUGGUGACGGUCUUCCUGACGCGCCUCAAGCUGCUGCUCCUGUUGUUGAAGCUGAUCCUGAGCUUGACGGUCCACCCUUAGAGUUAUUGGACUGUCCAAUAGAACUGCUACACAACUACUCGCUCAAAUCAAAGAAGCCUGAUGGUGAGAAACUGCAACCCCCAGAAUCCUUGGCACAAGAUGCGGUUAACGGCGACACAGGACAGGAGCCCCAUCCCACAGUGAAAACAGAAGUGGUAAACACCGAGGUGAAAGCCAAGCGAUCGUGGAAGGACAGAGUACUCCGCACUCAACAAUAUGCCCACUUGAUCUACCACUGCAACUUCUGCCACAAAGACUACAAAGGGUUGAAUGUUAUGAGGCACGCUCUCUCGCACCUUAAGAGCAGGAAACUAAAAUGCAUCCUCUGUGGAAAACGCUUUAAACAGCUGUCCUUUGCCAAAAAGCAUAUUCUGGACCACAUUGAUGAAAUGAGCAAGCAGAAACCCCCCAAUAAGAAGCCCUGCACUAAGGACAUUCCAGCUGCUAACGGAAUAGUAGAUGAUCUGAAAAGUAAAAGCCCGCCUCCGAAUGGAAACCAGACUUCCAUUUCGGUGAAAGAAACCCCCGAGCCGAAAUCCGGAGGCAAAACUAAAGUGUCAAGUCUCAAGAGGGAAGAUCGUAUCAUCAGGAACCUCCGCACGCUCAUCAAGAAGACAUCUGUGCUGCACAAAAAGUGCAAGAACCCCGAUGAAAAGAUGUUCAAACAGGUCAACUUCAAGGACGAGCAGGUGGUCAUCAAAGAUGGCGUGGUGAUUGUAAGAGAUCUGUCUGUGAUGGAGAAAGAGAAGCCUUUAGGAGGAAAUGGCUACAACGUGGACACGUAUCACUUGUGCCCCUCAGAGUCCUGUGAUAGAGUAUUCUUGAGGAUUAGCACCACACUAACCAAGCAUGCCAUUAAAUGCCACAUCAGCGAAGAGAAGGUGCUGGAGAAGACGUUUGUGUGGACCAAGCACAAGUGCAGCCUUUGCCUCAGGCAGAUCCAGUUUCUCCAGCAUUAUAAGGACCACAUGAAGCUCCACGACACUGCGCUCCAGCACUUCUGCUACCACCUGGAGUGUAACCAGCGCUUCUCCACGCUGCAGGAUUUAAAGGACCACGUCAACACUCACAAGCCCUUCAGACCUCAAUGUUCAGUCACAGACUGUGAGAAGCUAUUCUCAAGCUUUCAGGGUCUCUAUGACCAUGAAUGGAGACACUACAUCCCAGCGCCUCAAAGAGAGGAACUAGAGUUGGGACCCAGCAGACAGAUGAAGCAAAAUCCUGAAGCUCCGUGGAAGCAGAGACUGAAGGUUGAAGAUAUAUGGCUUCAGAGUAAAAAGGGUCAGAGGGAGAGUCCGGCCCUCGAUCACGCUGAGGCCUCUAAUCUUGAGGAUCUCAGAGAAACGAACAAAACUGAAGACCAGCCUUGCAAAGUAAAUGUCCCAGACGGUAAUCAAGACCCGUCUAAACCUCACAAUUGCUCAGAGGACACGGUCAGCCAUGAGCCUCAGGACAACUGCAAAGCCGCCAUCAAUGGACACGAGGGUGAGACGAGACACAAAGUGUUGGAGGGAAAAGUUUCCACUUCCCACACUGACGCUGCUACAGCAACUCCAAGUAAGAGCUCUCGAAAAAGAACGCCCGUCGAGUGGGACCCCUUGAACGUCCGAGACCUCGAGGAUUUGUCCACUCUGGCCGAGGGAGUCCAGAAGUCACUGGGAGAGCCACACAUCACUGAGCACAAAACCUUCAAACCCGAAGAUCCCGUAUAUGCAACUUUCGUCAAAGCCCCCUUCAUCCGGCCGCCGCCCUCCACCUACCUGGACGAGUCUCUGCUCUCGAUGCGCAAGAGGAGGUCCAACGAGGAGGCCGCUCCGAGGAAAUACGUCUACUGGAGCAAUAAGAAAAAUAAGGAGGUUGUCCCUGAAAAUCAGCAGUCGGCGGAUAAUGCGACCUCUGUGCAGAAGAUCAGGCAUCGCUGUGAAAAAUGUCUCUCCUCUUUCAGCAGCUUAGAAGAAUUACAGAAACACCAAGCCCUUAACACCUGCUCAUCGCUCUUCGGCUUUGAUUCAGACGAUGAAAGUUAGUGGUGAGAGGAGCUGUUACUAUGGUGACCAUGUACUCUGCCACCUGGCUCAGGGCAAGCUUUCUACAUAAAGGAACACUGGAACCCUUUCCUUAUCCUCCGACACAGCUCCGAAUACCAGUUUGUAAACAAAUGGGAAUUAUGUGCCAAAAUGGUUAAACCUUUUUUUUUUUUUUCUCAAAACAUCAUCAGUGUGCACUUUGUAAAGAAGGUAAAACAAACAGAAAACUGUGAUGAAUAUAUAUUAUCUUAAUUUAUGAUAAAGCAGUAUUAUUUGACUUUUCAAACAACAUUGGUUAUAGAAAACUCAUUUUGUUUUCUCACCAAAUCUUAAAAGUAACAGAGAAAAAUGUCUGGAAACUGACAAACCAAUUAUCAUCCAAUGACAUAAGACCGCCCUCCCUGGACAUUUGUUCAUGUACACAUUCUCUGUAACGUACCGCCUUAAGAUAACUUGUAAUCACAGUAUUCCUAUUUAAGGCCGCAGAAAGCCAGUUUUUUUUUUUAAUGACAAACAUUUGCUGUACACACCAUACUGUGGUUAAGUUAUAGUAACACAUGGUAUAUGAAACUGAAAUAUGUAUUUAAAUUAUUCUUCAACCUAUUGACACUAUCAAGUUUUUUUUUUUUUUUUUAGAUCAAGUGCAGUUAAAUAAUUCUUACAUCUAUUGUAAGCCUCUGUUUUUUAAUCAUAGACAAAAGUUCCCACAAUUUCUGUCUUUCUGACCUGUGGUGUUCAGAAUUAUACCAAAUGGUCCUCUCCUCAUUUUUUUCAUUUACAUGCAGUAUAUCAAAAACAGUCCUUGCAACUGUAUGAAAUAUUGUUUUUAAAAAAUCAUUUAAAUGGUGCAGAGAUGAGCUCAAUGUGCGUCUCCCUCUCUGUUUAGCAUGUUUGUUAGAAUAUUGUCGUCUUCCUAAUGAACCAUGCACAACCCGGAUCUCUGUGGAGGAUGUAUACAAAGCUUAAAGGACAAUAACAGUAGAUAUGUGAUGGUUCAUUCUUCUCUCCACAUCUCAUUUUCUUGUUAAAAAAAUAUUCUAAAUAAACCCUCCGAACACUUAUCUCAUACAGCAAGUUUCACACUGUAAGAGGAGGUGUCUUCAGCAUAAUUUGUGUGGGCUGAUGUUUUGGUUUUAAAGCAGGAGUGGGUUUAACUUUGUUAACUAGUUGUCUGGUCUUGGUGUGAUAACAGGAAGCCCUUUACUUAUUUAAGCUGUGACCAAAAUAUCUGAAACCAUAUAAAUCUCUACAGUUUAGAAAUAAUUCCACAUUGCAUUUGUGCCAAGAUUGAAUCACAGUGUUAGACUUAAAGUAAAGCUAAACAUUAAAUCUGUAAUGUCAUGUUUUCUUUUUACCAAGUGUAGCUCCACGACCAUGUCUGUCCAUAGUAUUUCAUAUUGGUCGUCUGUUAUGUAUAUACUUUUGAUAUGUUUAAACUGUUUAAUAACCUUUUAAUGUAAUGUUUUUUAUGGAACUGCACACUUAAACCUGCUUAUUUAUAUGUACAAAUGUUAAUAUAUUGGAUUUGUAAAGGUAUUGAUGAUUCCCGAUCUAUUUUUCUUAAAGAA